AGGAGGCAGGUUCGAGAGGUUGAGGUUCGAUCUGACAUUCAGUCAGAUACAGAGGAACCAGGCCGAAAAAAAGUCAGACGUAAAAAGCCACGCACUCGACUUUUGAGCUCUUUUUUGAUGGACUCUGAGGAAGAUGAUGCUUUACAGCAGGAUAGCACAGGUCUUCCUGCUGCUCCACCAGUCCAACAGUUUUAUCGACCCACAAAGGAGGUAACCUUGAAGACUAUAUCUCUUGCAGAAAUGCUGUCCAGCAACCACACCGUCUGGCAACCUGAGGAUUUCGCAUAUGAAUCUCCACAAGAGCCUACAAGAUCUUUGUUUCCAGAGAGUGGUGUUUCUUGGAACUGUGUUCAGCAGCCACCUGAAAUCAGUGCUAGUGUAAACUCAGUACAGCCUCAACAGACUCCGUUGCACAAACACCAGAGGACUCAUCAGUCUGCUACUCCUGAACUUAUUGUCUCAUUAAUCCGUGAAAUGCUGACAAAGCAAGAAAUGAUUCUUGAUCAGCAACAGUCCAUUCUACGCAUCCUCAAUGCGAAGCAUCCACAGGACACCGAUUAUGUGAUUGAACGUGGACUUCUGCCAGUGAAAGACCUCCAGGCCCUUAAUACCCUGGAGCAGAAGUUACAAUCAGUGGAUUUCAAAGAAAAACUGAUUAAUCAUCUAGGCCUGAUUGGAGGGUGCGAUAUAAAGGACACUGUGUGGCGAACAAUGCACCGAACUAUUUCAAAUGACUUGGCCAAAAGCAUCAACUGGAGAGGGGUGAAUGGAAAAAUAUCCCUGGCGGCCCUGCAAAUAAAGGAUGUUGUUAUUGAUGCUGUCCGAAAGAAUGUCUUUUCAUCGACGGCAACAAACAGUGAAAUUGAAAACGUGAUGAAAAGGUGGCUGCACCUGGCCUCAGACCGGGAUGGAGGAAGGAAGAGGCGCCAAAAGGACUAGUCUACAUGCUAAAUUGAUUUCAGCUGUUAGGUUAUGUUAUUGGGAUUAGCCAAGUAGGUUGGGUUACAAGAUUUAAAAUGGGGUCAGAUUUUACUGUGUGAGAUUUGUA